CUUUCUUAUUCUACAGUAAUAAACACUUUCAAAUAUUUUUAAAUCAUCCUUUUCCAUUUUCGUAAAAUUCUAAAGUUACAUACAGUAAAUAUAAAAUGUCGGCGGAGAGCUCGCCGAUUAAAUCUUCAAGAUCUUUAAACAAGCUUGAAACUGUGGAAGACUUCGAGAGCCAAGACACAUUGUUAAAACAUGUUGACAUAACAAUUGUGGAAUCUGAAAAGCGCGCUAACGGCACCUUGCAUGUUCGUGAUCACUACACGGUGUAUCUUAUUGAUCUCAAGGUCACAGAUCCGGACUACAAACUUGUCCAGUCUAAAAUCAGCACUAUUUGGAGGCGUUACACAGAGUUUGAACAAAUUCAUGACUUUCUACAAGUCACAUAUCCCCAUGUAGUCAUUCCACCACUGCCAGAGAAACGGGUAUUGUAUGCGUGGCGUAAAUCAGACACAACAGACCCAGAAUUCAUAGAAAGAAGGAGAGCUGGCCUCGAGAACUUCCUCCUGCGUGUGGCUUCACAUCCACGCCUUUGCUUUGAUGAUCAGUUUAUUAAUUUCUUGCAACAAGAACACGGUUGGAGGGAAACUAUAACUGACAGCGGAUAUUUAUUACAGGCUGAAAACAAACUAAAGUCACUAUCAGUAUCAAUUAGAUUAAAGAAACCAGACCCAGAAAUUGAGGGUGUUAAGAACUAUGGAAGGCAAUUGGAAACUAAUUUAGGCAAUUUUCUGUAUACGAGGUCGAAGAUUAUAGAAAAAAACUACGCCCUUUGUAAAUUACACGCAAAUUAUGGUAAAUUAUUCAGUGAAUGGAGUGUAAUUGAAAAGGAUAUGGGCGAUGGACUGCAAAAAGCAGGCCAUUACUUUGAUUCAAUAGCAGACUCAAUAGAUUCGGUGGCAGAAGAUGAAGAACAAUUAGCUGACCAACUUAAGGAGUACCUUUUCUACGCUUCAGCGCUGCAACAGCUGUGUGCGAACCACGAAGCGUUACAGCGGGCGCUCGAGAAUGCGCACGACGCCUUAAACAACAGGCUGGCGGAGCGCACGCGCGCGGCGGCCGGCAAGUCGGGGCUGAUGUCGCGCCUGUUCGGCACCACCGACCCCGACAUCGUGCGCGACCAGAGCACGCGCGCGCUCGACACCAAGAUACACGCCGACCGCGAGGCCAUCGACCGCGCCACCAGGGACCUGGAAGACUUUACAAAAAAAGCAACGGUCGAAAUAGAACAUUUCCAAAAGCAAAAAGACAAGGAUUUGCACGAAUCUCUCGUUGGAUUCAUCACUUUACAAGUGAAAGCUGCAAAGAAGAAUCUUCAAGCGUGGACACAAAUCAAAGAAUGCCUUCAGAACAUGCCUUGAAUACUUCACAACACGGGCACACACCAAAUUACCUGCUAUUUAUAUGACUAGAUAAGGGCAUUAACACUUUUAUAUCACUUUUAAUAGAUAUUCAAUUAUUAUAAUAAUUUCUUUAUAAAUGAUCCAACACGCGUCACCGAGUGAUUGUGAGAUAUCUUCCAUAUUUAAGAAAUGUCAUCAGUUAAAUUGAGUGGAUAUUUGUUUGUACUGACAUAUGACUCGGUGACGAAUGUUUAAUCCCUAUGUUGGUUUAUCUAAAGCUAAUAAUGAGAUAAAUUAUAGGAGACUAUUUAAAUACCAAUCUGUACUUUUUUAAUAUACUUUUAUCUAUAAAUUACGAAAAGGUAUGAAAAUGAAAGGUUUAUUAGACUUAGAAGAAUACUAUUUGGUAAAUCAUAUCACAGCGCCACCUCAAUGGUUUCAAUUUUUUUUCUAUCUUGUCUAUGACUAAGAAGUUGUUACCAAUGCGAUGUUAUGAAAGAGCAGGACUUCCGAACAAAUACUUUACGAACCUAACCAUUCUUGUUGGGUGAUAGAGAAUGUCAAGAAAAAAGUUAGAGCAGCUAUUCCAACGUCAACAAAAAAUAUAUUUGGAUAAGUUAUUUUAAACAAUUUGAAGCUUUGUUUUGUAAAGUAAUUAAUGUUAGUCUGUGCGCCUUGAUAUAUUGUCAACAUUCUGUGCCUAUAAAUACAUAGUAUACUGUCCCUUAAUUUUGCAACGGAAUAAGACAUUGUUUGCAAGAUUAGGCUUAGCAUUUUUCCUAUAAUUUAUCACGAAAGUUAAGGAUACCAAUUUAAUUCCAUUUUUAUUUGGAUAUAUGUAGAUUCAAAAAUUAAAAGCUUUGUAAGUAAAGAUGGUGCUAGUGAGGUGAGCUGUCAAAAUAUAUAAACGCCAUUGGUUGUAAAUACAAAAUGGCGCUAUCAUCCACCAAUCACAGGCUUACCUUGCUCGUAGCGACAUCUGACAGAUAUUUAUUCGCCUGUUCAAACUAUUUAGUAUACAGUGUACAGUUUAAAAAUGUAAAUUUUAUAUUAUAAAAUUAUUUAAAUAUA